AGCCAUUGAUUAGUCAUCCCAUUCAAUAGAAAAAGGAUAACUAUAUCGCAUUUUUCAACGUUGUUACGUAUAAAAAAGGUCAGUCGCACGCAAAACAACAGACGCAAUAGAAUCGCACGCGGGACCAAGCCAAUUUUGACAAUGAUGUUGCUCAUUCUUCUUCUAUUGCCUACUUUCGACGUGCUAGCGGCCACUGUCCCUGAUGUCUGUGAGGAUUACACGCCUUGUUCUUGUCAAGAAUACGAGCCGUAUGGCUUGAUCGUUCGUUGCGGUGAUCCGUUCGACCACAAGUCAUCCAUCACUAGCCUCGAUGUCCAUGACGUUUUCAAUCGCACCAAGGCUCGUCACGUAUUUUGGUUAGAUUUAUUCUCCUUGUCACCAGGGGUCGACUCCGGUGAUGUCAUCCAACUUCCAGCCGAUGUCUUGAGUGAAAAGAGCGUCGAUCGUUUAGGAAUCAGUUGUUCGACAUUGGCUGGCCCUUUGGUUUUGGAAAUUCAUCCGGAUGCAUUCCGUUCUUCCGCCCACCAGAUGGGGCACUUUGAAAUAGCCGGAUGUGAUUUUAGCCGAUUAGAUUUCCAAUUUCUGGCAGAUACGACGUCUUUGAUUAGUUUGAGUCUCGGUCCUGGUCUCAACUUUCGAGGAUUCCCUCGGCUGCCUUUUCUCGCCCGCGUCACAUCAUUAAGGAUCUAUAAUUACCUGGAUUUUCGGUACUGGAACCAAAUUGCUGGUCGAUUCCCUUUCUUGGAAUCUCUGUUUUUGGAUGGAACUCAACUAGGAGAUCGUUUGAUCAACAAACUCGUGAGCUCCAUCGCCUCAUCGCCAACCGGAAGACAUUCACUUACCCAGCUGAGUUUGUGGGAGAACAGGCUCAGUCGUGUUCCAGAACACCUUUCGUCACUUAAAAAACUAAGCUACGUCAAUCUUUUUGGCAAUGCCAUACAAUUUCUUGCUAAAGGGUCGUUUGCUUUUAAUAGCGAAAUUAAAGUGACGUUUCUCAUCUUAACGAGAAAUGCGUUGGAACGAAUUGAGCCAGGUGCAUUUCAAGGUGAUUUUUCUGAAGCUAUCAUUUACCUCGAUUAUAACCAUUUGACUCGGUUUGAUUCUGCCGUUUUCCAAAAAGUGCUGGAACAAAUGCAAUCUUUGUCGUCGGUUGCUGGCAUCUACGUUCGAAAUAGUGUUGCAAUAGAUCCAUUUGAAUGUGGGGACUGCCAUCUCGCGUGGCUGAUUCGCGACAAGCCACACCUGCUGAAACGCGUGUUUGGUGGAAGGUGCUCCAAUGGGACGCAAUUCGAGGAUCUGAAACCCGAGGGCUAUCACGAUUGCCGUUAAAUUAGUCGACAUUUUAAUUCAUUUUAAAACAAUAAAACACCUAUGGUAUCAAGUUA